AUGUAUGCUGUUUUCUUGUCAGACCAGUUGACUGUUCACUGCUGCGGUACACAUCGGUUCCAUUCUCUUGACGAUCCAGAUCGCUCGUCUGUCUCAUACCUGCGCUCCACUCCCCUGGCACUGCGCGUCUCCUACAGAGAACUACGACUAAGAAAAACGCCACUUUACCGUUCCCAAGCACGAGGUCAGGUGCUGCUUCUUUGCACCGUCCUCGAGGAUUUCGGAAACAAUUAUUGUUACACUAGAAAGCUCGCCCGGCUAGCCAGGAAGAUCAUCUACGAAAUAGAUAAGGUUGCCGCUUCGGUACUCCAGGCUCGAAACAAGGACACAGAUUCUCCCACUAGCUCAGGUUCUGUCACUGGCUCAGGUUCUGUUUUAAACUCAACUCAAGAUAACGCACAAGUCGCUCAGCCUUCCGCGGAUUCUGUCUCUGCCAUGCCCGAACAUCACGAUCCUCCAAUUAACCGCCCUAGUGUGUAUGAACAUCGUGAUCAAUUCAGAGUUCCUAAUAUACCAGAGUAUGAAGCCGAGCAGUACCAUGCAGAAAGCUUCGACGACAUCUACAAGUUUUCAGACUUAUCUGACAUGUUCGAGCAUUUUGACCCGGACUUCAAUCUGGAGACCGUGGAAUUUUCGUUACUACAGAAUCCGGGACUAGACGCUAUUUAUGAAGUUGAUUUCACUGCUCAAAUUAUUUGA